CUGCUCCCCCCCCGGGCCCGGCUGCACCGGAGCCCCCCCCGCUGGGCCCCCCGCUGGGCUCCGGUGCAGCCGGGGAGCGGGACGCACGAGCCCCGGUGCCGAUGAACCUGUUCGCAACCUGGGAGGUGGACCGGUCAUCUCCGAGCUGCGUGCCCAGGUUGUGUAGUCUGACUCUGAAGAAGCUCCUGGUCCUGAGGGAGUUGGACCGAGAGCUCAGCUCCGUCGUCAUCGCUGUGAAGAUCCAGGGCUCCAGAAGAACUCUGAGGUCCAACGAGUAUCUUCUCCCUCCAGACGGCAUCAUGGCAACUGACCUGGAGCUCACCUUCUCACUGCAGUAUCCUCACUUCCUGAAGCGAGACGCUAAUCGUCUCCAUGUGAUGCUGCAGAGGAAGAAAAGAUACAAGAACCGUACCAUCCGGGGCUUCAGGACUCUGGCAGCGGGAGUCAUCAACAUGGACGAGGUGAUGCAGCAUCCGACUGACAGAACCCACAUCCUCGGUCUCCAUGGCAGCCUGAAGAACGUCUCCGUGCGGUGGGCGGAGCUGAGCGUCCUCUCUGUCUCCAGCCAGCCAAUCGAGCUGGAGGAGACAAGUGGUCCCCAUGGCAGCAUCACCAAGGCCCUGGAUCACUACUGGGAGGACGAUGAUGACAGCUUCUCCUCUGAACAGGAAGGAAGUGAUGAUGCGGUCCGGCCUCAGGACAUGUAUGAUGAUGAUGACGAUGUUCAGGGAAAGAUGAAGAAGUCACGUGGGAAAAUGAUCCGAACAAGCUCCCUGACGCAUCAACCGAACUUCAAGCAGAAGUUUGUGGCUCUGAUGAAAAGAUUCAAAGUGACGGACGAGGUUCUGGACCCGGUGGGUCAGAGUCAGGAGGUCCAGGAGGAUCUGGACCUCCUGUACGACAGCCUGGAGCUUUACAACCCGAGUGACAGUGGCCCCGAGCUGGACGACAAUGAGAGCCUCCAGAGCACCCCCAAACCAAAGCUCAAGCCGUUCUUCGAGGGCGUUUCUCAGUCGCCCUCUCGGACGGAGAUGAUGAGUCAGAGGAGUCUCCAGAGGGAACCUCCUGCAGCCGUGACAGAGCUACUGUUUCCUGCUCAAGGGUCUGGAGGAGAAGAGGCCGGCCCUGGGGAAGGAGAGGAUGAUGCUGCUGUGGGAACAGACACAGGGCCGGCUGCAAAACUGUGUGAAACUGAGUCCCAGACACACAUGUCCCCGAGUAAGACAGGAAGUCAAACUCCUCGCCAUCCGUGGAGCGUCUCCAUAAAGGACAGACAGAACUCCAGAGGGACAGACAGAACCGGCAGCCUGGACAGUGAGACGUCCUCCGACUGUAGGACAGCUGCUCUGCAGGUUGCCAGGAAGUCGGUCUUGGAUCAACUGAACCACAUCCUGUUCUCUGAAGACCAGUUUCCCGACUGUGUGGUUCUGAUCAACACCACCGACUGGCAGGGACAGUAUCUCUCAGAGCGUCUCUUGGGUCAACCUGUCGUCUGCACCGUCUCAGCAGCUGAUGUCCACGCCGCCUUCAGCGCCAUCAUCAGCCGCAUCCAGAGGUUCUGUAACUGUAACUCCCAGCCGCCGCCCACGGUGAAGGUGGCGGUGGGCGGAGACCAGAGUUACCUCAGCUCCGUCCUCAGCUGCUUUGUGGAGCAGCUGGCCAGCAAGACGCCUGAUUGGCUAAACUAUGUCCGCUUCCUCAUCCUGCCCAUGGGAGCCCACCCACUUGCCAAGUACCUGUCGUCCCUGGACGGUAAAUUCAACAGCCUGUUCAUGGACGCAGGCUGGAGGGAGCUGUUCGGACGUCUGGAGGCCCCGCCCCUCGAUCCGGUGGAUGUCUCAGCUCGAGUGUCCCGGUACCUGAGUGGAGCGUCUGUCUCUCACCUGUGUCCCGUCUCUGAGGCGAUGCUCACCUGUAAACACAAGAGCCCAGACGACGACUCCUAUCAGAAGUUUGUUCCUUUUAUCGGGCUGGUGAAGGUCGGCAUCGUGGAGCACAACUUCCUGUCCACCUCAGUCGACUCUGAUGACAUCAUACUGGGGUCUCCUCCCACCCAAUCAGGAGCACCGAUCAGCAUCACCUCCACACCUCCCCCCUCCCCCUCCAACAGCAGCUGUUCGGGGGAGGUGAUGGGUCUGCAGGUCGACUACUGGAGCGGUCAGGGGGGAGGAGGUGGGAGGAAGGAGGGCGGGGUGAAGAACACGCUGAAGAGCAACUUCCGCUCGCUGCAGGUGUCGAGGAUCAGCGGAGGAGAACUGAUGAGUCUGACGGUGGUGAUGAAAGAGAAGAACAAGAAAGUCAUGUUCCUUAGUAAGAAGACGAAGGAGAAGGAGGCGGAGUCUAGGAGUCAGGUGAUUGAAGGAAUCAGCCGUUUGAUCUGUACAUCGAAACACCAACACACACUGAGAGUCUCCAUAGACGGGGUGGAGUGGAACGAUGUGAAGUUCUUCCAGCUCGCCGCCCAGUGGCCGACGCACGUCAAACACUUUCCUGUUGGAAUCUUCAUCUGAUCCUCGCUCUCCCUCCUCAUCCUCACCUCAUCAACCUUCAUCAACCCUCAGAACCUUCUCUGUGAUCUUCAUCGCAUCAUGGUGGAACUGAGAUAUCUGUAACUUGUAAGUUACUUCAAAGAAUAAUUGACAUUAUAAAAAGAAUAUGUAAAUACUGUACAGUUUCAGAUCAGAGAUAAUAGUGUUCGUGGAUUUGAUUUAAUUGACUUGUCUGGACAAACCAGCAGGAGAGAAGGUUAUUGUCAAUUCCCUUGUGUCCCUCACACCAUGUGAGUGGGAUCUAAGGGAGGACAGAUUGAGAGAGGACGUGCGUGGACGGGACAGUUCAUGUUGUCCACUCUGACAACAGGACAUGAGGCUGGACAUCUGAGAGACUCUAUAGGUGUGUGUUGUUAGUGAAGGACUGUUGUGUUCUCCUUACAGGUCUGAUGAGGAUGAUAUUCUAUUUUAACAUAAAGAUCUUUUUAAAUGU